UGACAUGUUGUUAGAAUGGGCGCCGUAAACAAAUGACUUUCGGCAAUCUACUGUUCAAAUGUGCCGAUUUUUUCCAUAAAAUUGUAUUCAACACGCAAUAUUCUCUCGUAAACAUCUAAAAAUGUUGUUUGAAUGGUGUGAAAGCAGUUUACUGUCUUUGGAUUUCACCACUAAGUAGUUAGAGGGUAUAAUUGCGCAAAUUACAAAUGAAUCAACAACAAAACGCGAAGAAGGAAGAAAGAAAAAAAGAUGUACCAAAACCAGCUCCAAAGAAAAGUCCAGAAAAAAAUAUGUCUGAAAUCGAUGAGCACAUACAGAAGAGGUUCGAGAUCAAGAAAAGGCUUGGUAAGGGCGCCUAUGGGAUAGUGUGGAAAGCGGUGGAUAAGAAGACGAAGGAUGUUGUCGCAAUCAAGAAGAUUUUUGAUGCAUUCCGGAACCAAACUGAUGCUCAGAGGACAUUUCGAGAGAUAAUAUUUUUACAGUCGUUCCGUAAUCAUCCAAAUAUUGUGAAACUUCACAGUAUACACCGUGCCUUAAACAACCGCGACAUAUACCUCGGCUUCGAGUACAUGGAGACUGACCUCCAUAACGUGAUCAAACGUGGCAACAUCCUGAAAGACAUACACAAGCGAUACAUCAUGUACCAGAUGCUGAAAGCCACCAAGUACAUACACUCCGGGAAUGUCAUACACAGGGACCAGAAGCCUAGUAAUGUACUUAUAGACAGCGCUUGUAGGGUGAAACUAGCAGAUUUUGGACUGGCCCGGUCGGUGUCGAGUAUAUACUCCGGGGGACAGGAGGGGGCGGACCCGUGUCUCACAGACUACGUCGCGACGCGGUGGUACCGAGCGCCCGAGAUACUCAUCGCUAGCAAGAACUACACGAAAGGUAUAGACAUGUGGUCUUUGGGUUGCAUUCUGGGCGAGAUGCUGACGGGCAAGCCCCUAUUUCCGGGGACCUCCACUGUCAACCAGGUUGAGAGGAUCAUGUGUGCGCUGCCCAAACCCUCCACUGACGAUAUCGCGGCCGUGUGCAGCGGCUAUGGUUCGUCCCUCAUCAAGGAACAAGCGUCCAACACGGGCGGAGGUCCCUCGCUCACGUCUCUGCUGUCGUGUGCCCCGAGAGACGCGGCCGAUUUGGUGCAAAGACUCUUGGUCUUCAACCCUGCGAAGAGGUUGAGCGCCGAGCGGGCUUUGGACCACGAGUAUGUUGGGAAGUUCCACCGCGAACGAGACGAGCCGACAUUGCCUUCGGACGUGGUUCUCCCGCUGCGGGACGACAAGCAGGUCUCCGUGGACGACUACAGGAACAAGCUGUACAGCAUCAUGGCUAAAGGCAACGCGGCGCACCAGAAAAAGCAUCAAACCAGCAAAACUGUGCCCCUACCAUCGACGGCGACCAAAAGCACGAAGUCGUUCCACGACGUGGAGAAAUCUUACUUCAAGCCAACGAAACACACCGCCUCGGCGGACGCAAAGUCCCGCACCACCAAACUCGACCGCACCAAAGACUACAGAUCCGAUCAGACCGUAAACAAGCCGCUUAGAGCGACUAGGGCGUACCAGGAGUGGAACGAAACACAUUGCCAAGGGGACUACUUCCAACCAGUUUUAUGGCGGAGCCCAGACAGUUUUAGCGGUAAGAAAACCUCUUUACAGCAUAAAAGGAAUACCACGUCGUUUUCCACUGUGACUAUAGGUGGCGAUGCCGAUUACGGAUUUCGACAUCAGAGGCAUGGAGUUAUCACCGCGAGUGCUUUGAUGGACUUGAGGACGAGUAUCCGAUGAGAUUUUCACGUUUACUAUGACGAAUAUCGUUUUUAGAAUGUUUUAAGGCUAAACCAAUUUUGGUAUUGAUAUUUUAAGGCGUUUUAAUGUCUUUCGUUUGUUGUCUUAGAUUUGCACGGCAUAUUUGAAUUAUAUAUUGGGAAUUGUAAGAUAUGACUUUACACGUCUACUUGAUUUAAGUAUGGCAUUUGUAACGGCGACAUUGUCUAAUAUUUAUUUUAUUAAUAUUUGAAUUGUAUAAAAGUUGAAUCCAUUGUUAGAAGAAAAGUCGAAUUCGAUAAACUAUAUUUACCAAAAGCUAAAGUUACAUUUCAAAACGAGUUAAAAAAAAAAAACUUACACAGAAAUUCUUUUGUUUUUAGAUCCGCGAUUUCUCAUCCUUUUCAUCGGUUUUCUGCAAGUCACGUUAUUUUUUUUCUUUGACAAUUUAAUCAAUAAUCAAAUGUGAUGUGUUACCUCGCUAUAUCUAAUAGAGUUACUAACACUAGUGCCAGAUUUUAUUGCAGUCGUCUCAAGGCUCUGACACUAUCAUGCUUUGCGAACAUAAUUGAAAGAGUUACUAAGCCCGUCGACCGAAACUGUAUUUUGAAAUAUAAUUAUUAUCUUGUUGAAUUUAUUCAAUAGCCCUCACUUUUAUACUACCAAACAGGCAAACGGGCAGGCGGCCUACCUGAUGGUAAGUGGUCACCGCAGUCUAUAAACACCUGCAAUACCAGUGUCGCACGCACGUUGCCUAUCACAUGACCAAACUUUACCAAGUUACCAAAUUCGUCGACCAGUAGGUAAAAAAAGGACAAAGUCAAAAGCAUUAUAAUACCUAGAUAAAUCUUCAUUAGCUUCUACGUGACAAUACAAAUACGCGCUGUAUUCAUAGGAACCUUACGUGCUGUAGUUAGAGGAACCUGAAAUAUUAUAGCAUUAGUAUUAUAAAUCAAUUUGAUUGUGCGAAAUGCUAUGCAGAUCAAUUUAGGUCGUAAACUAGAUCGCAUUAAAGAGAUGAAAGAAACCCCUUUACCUUUUUAUUCUUACAUACAAUACAUAUCUUAAGUCCUCUGUCGCGUCUUGUCUGUUCGCGAUAAACUCUACUACUGCACGGAUUUUCAUUUUUCGUUCGGUUCGUUCGGUUCGGUUCGUUCGGUUUUCUUUGAUUGCUAGUGUAAUUCCUGAGAAAUGUUUAGGUGUAUGAUUUAUUUUGUUUUUACCCGAGCGGAGCCUGGACGGGCCACACGUUGUGUCAUAAAAAAUUUGAACUAUAGAGUCAUAAAAGUGCCCAAAUAUUUUUUCAAAAAACUAUCCAUGUGGAUAUACCCUAUAAAUUGGUUUACCUUUAAAACCCGCAUAAUUGAGUUUAUUUAGAUUCACUUCAUUGUAACUGAAUAUUAAAGCGAAUAAACAUUGUUAUCAUAAUUUUAUUAAGAAUGGGGUUUAUUUUUCAUAUAACAUCGAGAAAUAUGUAAAAUCUCAAAAAGUCCGUUAAAACUUGAAUGAUAGAUGUGUCAUGUAAAAAUAUAUACAUUGAUAGAAAAUGCGUAGGUACAUUCUGUUUAUAAAGAGUAAAAAAUAAAUGAGCUCUUGGCUGGCAACACUGGGAGCUGAUCAACCAAUCAUGACUGUUCGAUUUGGUAUUGCAUUGGUUACAAAAUUCUUACUUCUUAGUAUGUAGUUCUACUCGUUAGUAUGUAGACCAUAAAGCGUAUUUUCGUUUUGUUUAUAAAGACAAGACACAUAGAAAAUUUAAAUGGACUUCCUGUGAUACAAAUUGUUUUUGUAUGUUGUGAUGUCCUUUUAUGGUAUGAUAUUUUUUUUUUUACAAAACACUGUGGCUCAUUUUUGAUUGGUCGAGAAGCUGUCAAAUCUUGUUGCUUUGAUGAAAUUUGACAGUACGUGUAGGUAGGCUUCGGACACAAAUAAAUAUAAUAUCGAAUUGUGUAGUUAAAAAAAUAAACACGCAAUUUGUAUCAAAAAGUAAUAAAAUGUACUGAUGUCCUACCUCACUAUAAGGUUUGUGUUAAAAUCAUUCAAAUGAUUGUGCUUUAUUAUUUCUCUAGUCAACCAAUAAGGAAUAUUGUUUUCCAAAAUACUUUUAUUUACACUAAAAAAUAAAUGUCGAAUAUUGUUAAAUUAUUUAAUUUAAAAAAUGUAUUUUUUUAUUAUUUCUGUUAUGUUUCUUUUUUAUGGUUAAAUAUGGUUAUAUUAAAAGCCAUUGGGGGCAAGUUGUAUUUUUAAAACUUACGCACAUAGCAUUAGAAUUUCCGUCCAAUAAAAAUAGCAAUAAUUUUAAUUAAUAUUACUUAGAUAUUUGUAUACUUAAUUCUUUAAAUUAAUCAAGUAGUUAAUUCACGUUACUAAAAUAUAAUUUGACUUUAAAUAGGCCAUAUGUGGCGUUCCACGAGAGGGUACCAUAUGGAGGGCAGUCGCUUAGGACUUUUUAAUUGCUAAUUUUCAUUAUAAUAAAAAAAAUCCCUUUAUUUCUACUACUAUAUAUCAUAUACACAUGUAUGCUGAGUCAGUUGAACUUUUUCACGAGAGUCCGGUUUCAUUCUUGUCAUAAUUUUUACUUGGUAGUCGCCUCUCUGGCCAAAGCUUUCCAAUCGUUUCUCGAUUCAGAUUCAGUCUAUCAUUGUAGAUGCGUAUAAUAUGUUGUAAGCGACUGCCCUCCAGCGCAGUACUCUUUUUUAUUAACAAUUUGAGCGCGUUUGAACUCAAUCUCGUCUGAUCGGAAGCAGAUAUGUCUAGGGUGUUCCUAUUUGUGUUAUUUGCUAUUCUCGUGGUCGCAUAUGGUCUGGGUACAUAAUGUAUUUGCACACGUCGAAAUAUAUGUGCCGUAAUAUAUGUAUUGUAUGAUUGCCAAGGAAAACGUCUUCGGUCCUAAAAUUGUGCAGUUCGCACAAAGAUUUUGUCUUAUAUGAGUGAUGAAAUUAUAAUUUUUUAAUUGUUUCAAUUCAACGAAUUAAAUAUAACCUUUUCUGUGUCUUUGUUAUAUUCACAAUGGACGACAAAAUAUUUUUAUUUAAUCUACUUAUACAUUAUAUUUGUUUAGUGACAAGGGAAGUUGUUUUCGUAAAUAAUGUUAGUUCGGACAUUAAAAAAAAGUUUUUAUCGUACGCCAAAUGUUUUCCUUGGUUAUUACAUAGACAAUUGUUAAAUUUAUAACUUUUAAACAUUGCUCACCGAUGUUUAUCGUAGACAAAAAUGGAUUCUAUUACGUUAACAUAAAGUCCACAGUAUGUGGCAUUGUAUUAUAAGGGACCAAAAAAACUCGAUGGUCUUAAUAAAAACUGCCGAUAUUUUAAUCUUACCAUAGAUAUUAAGGUCUGGACUAUGAUUUUUAAUUUAAUACUGUGAAUGUGAUUAUGCAUAAAAAAUGCUGUGAGGAUUUGGGCUACUAAGCCAUUAAAAAACAUGAACGUUUCCAUUUUCGGCUGUGACGCCCCAAAGCCCGGGGUACCUCAUAACUUUACGACCGGCCGUCUGAUUGACGUCUACCCUCGUUGAUGUUGCUGUUGUUGCCUAUUAUAAACUAAGGCUGUGUCCCUUAGUCGCGUAGUACGAUGCUCAGGCGAUAGAGUGGCCACACGACGCCGUUGCAGUAUUUUUUCUUGUGACUUCGUUCGCGCGUAAAAAUACUUUUUUUUCCCAUUCCCGUUGCAAUGUCGGGAAAUAUAUAGUGCUCUUAGUCCCUACUAUCUCCAAGGGACCUACUUACUUUCUGUUCUACACCACAUAGUUUUAUAUGUGCGUUGCGUUUUAUAAAUAAAACAAAUUGAAAUGCCUCAGUCCUCACAGCAAUGUGUAAAGGCAGGUAAGAGGUCCACUAGACCGGGCAUAGGUUUUCUGUUUGUUUUGACACUUUUGUAAUGGAGUUUACAUGAAUAAAUGAUUGUAAUUUGAA